CCUUAUUAAGUUUAGUUAGUUAGAUGUCGAUAUUUUGUUUAUUGCUAUGAUAACGAUUUAAUGUAGCCCUACGGAUUAAUUACUAUUAAAUUCAAUGGAUAAUUUUGAAGACUCAGCAGUCUUAGAAGUAUCUUCUGAGAGUAAAACCCCGUUUUCUUUAAAAACUGAGAGUCGAGAUUCGAUCACGGAUGUGUCAAACAUCAGCACUAGCAUAGAUGGCUCACUGGUACAAUCUUUGUCCCUCGAAAGUUUUUCCUUUGCCAAUGAAUUAGAUGGAUUUGAUUCUGGAUUAAAUGGCAAAGACCUUCAAGUACGAGUUGAUAACCCUCAAAAACAUUUGGACUCAUUAGAAACAUACAUAACAUUUCGAGUCACCACUCGGACUUCCAGAGAGGAGUUUUCUGAAAAUGAAUAUGUGGUGAGACGUAGAUACAAUGAUUUUGUAUGGCUGCGGCAAAAGCUUAUUGAAGAAUUUCCUACUCAUGUCAUUCCACCGCUACCAGCUAAACACUCGCUUCUUGCUCAGUUGGAUAGAUAUUCUAGGGAGUUUGUCAUCUGCAGGAUGGCAAUGCUACAUAGAUUCCUCAACAGAAUUGUAAACCACCCGAUUCUCAGCUCACAUUCCACUGUCCAUGUCUUUCUUACAGCUAAGCCUGCAGAAUUCCAGAUGCACCGUAAAAACUCAGGCAGCUUAAUAGGAAGAAUGACAGGCUCUCUUCAGCAGUUUGCCAACUCCUACGUCUGUCACAAGAACGAGCCUGAGUUUGAAGCCGUUAAAGAUUAUGUUGAAGUCCUUUCGGAAAAACUGUCCACCCUUGAAAAGAUCGGGGAAAGAAUCAAUAAAGAACGGAAAGACCAUGUGGCAGAACUAAACAACUACUCUCCAAUACUAACAUCGUGGGCUGGUAUUGAGCCUGUGUUGAGGCCGCUACUGUUAGAUAUUGGUGUGGCAGUUGAAACAGUGGCUGCAGCUCAGCAGAAACAUCUCAUCAGCUCUUAUCAGAUCAACUUUUCUCAGCCUUUGAAGGAGUAUCUCAUGUACUUAGAAGCAAUAAACGAAGCUUUGGAUAGAAGAGAAAAUAUUCAAAUUGAGUAUGAGUUAGCUCUCGAGGAAAUGAACAAGGUGAAGACGGAAAAGGAUCAGUUGGUGCAUUCUGAUCCGACCAAUACUACGUCCUCUUUCGCCCUCUGGAAGCCGACCAGUUGUCAUGACAAGUUAGAAAAGCUGAGUUUGACUAUACCAAAGUUGUUGAAGACUGUGGAGGGUAAUCAAGAUAAAAUGGAAAUAGCAAAUGAAAACUUGAGAGCUGACAUGGAGAGAUGGCGUAUAGAAAAGAAAAACGACUUAAAGAAGCUGUUGAUCAAAAUGGCUGAUCAACACAUACGAUAUUACCAAGAGUGCCUUGCCGCUUGGGAGAAAGUGGUGCCAACACUCAAGGAAACAGGAAAUACCACCAGUGGUGCCAAUAAAAGCUAGUCAGAAAUAAAAACUUAUUAUUGUGUGUGCAAGUGUGUACCAUAUAAAAUCAAAAUGUAACUUAAAUGUACGAACCUCAGCUAUUAAGAGUUUUAUUUAUGUAUGUUGUUAAUAAAAUUAUUAUUUGUUAA